AUGGGUCAAAUAGUUGUUGGUGACAUUUUAAAAGUUGAACAAAAUAAGGAUUUCCCGGCGGAUCUGUUACUGUUAUCGUCAAGCGAAACGAAUGGACUGUGUUAUGUAGAAACCUCAAAGAUAAAUGGUGAAACCAAUCUAACGAUGUGUCGCGGUUUUGAGUGCACGUCUCACUUGAAGGAGGAAGGAAAGAUUAAAUUGUUUUCUUGUGAAAUCGAGUGCGAAAAACCAAAUGAAAAUUUGAACGAAUUUACUGGGACACUGAUUACUGAAAAUGAGAAUGAGAAAAUGAGAAAAAAAAUAGAGUCAGAAUUCUCAUUUCUUUUAAACUGCGCCGAGUUCUUUCUUCUAUACUGCAAUUUGGUGCCCAUAUCGUUGCUACACACGCUCAAGAUCAUUCGUUAUAUUCAGGCUUACUACAUUAAUAAUGAUUCAGAAAUGUAUGAUGAAUAUUCAAACACUCCUGCCAAAGCAAAUACUUCAGCCUUAACUGAUGAAUUAGGGCAGGUUGAUUUGGUAAUUUGCGAUAAAACUGGGACUUUAACUAAUAACGCGAUGAAAGCCAAAGCUUUUUCUGUAGGUGGUGAAAAUUAUGAUUUCAAUGCUAGCUUAACUUCUAAGAACAAGCAGGGAGACCCAGAAUGCUUUGAAAAAUUCUUCCGCGUACUUACUCUCUGCAAUGAUGUUUUCCCGCAGGAACAAGAUCGAGGACAGAUUUGUUAUAGUGGAGAGUCGCCAGAUGAAGUAGCUUUGGUCCGCGGUGCCAAACUUCUGGGAUUCAAGUUAUGCGAAAGAAAUUUUAAUCAGAUCACUGUUAAAGAGGUUUUUUUACUCUUUGGCGCUUUUGAUAUCUGGCUUACUUACUUUGCAAGUUUAAGUGUUUACUCGAAUUCUGGCUUAGGAAGUGUUAGUUACGGAGACUUACUGAAGCGUGAUAAAGACAAGAAAUAUGAGAUGUUAAAUACGUUAGAGUUCACAAGCGACAGGAAGAGGAUGAGUGUCAUUGUUCGCUGUCCGGAUAAAUCUGUAUUAGUUUGCACUAAAGGAGCGGAAUCAGUAAUAUACCCGCUUUUACAUAAAGAUUCAAAGUAUCUAGACAAGUGUAAAGAACAUUUAGUCGAUUACGCAAAAAAGGGAUAUCGAACAAUGUGCUUUGCAUAUCGUAAGCUUCAAAUGCAUGAUUAUGAUGACUGGAAUGAAAAAUACCAAAGUGCUCUCAAAUAUACAGAUAAAGGUGAGAGAAACAAGUCGGUGGAAAGCAUCUUUGGAGAAAUUGAAAAGGAUCUCUAUUUGGCUGGAGGUUCUGCCGUAGAAGACAACCUGCAAGAGGACGUUCCCAAAACAAUAAAUUUUUUGAUGAAAGCGGGCAUCCGCGUGUGGAUGGUAACAGGCGAUAGGUUAGAGACUGCACGUAAAAUAGCUGUUUCGUGUGGGAUUUGUCUUAAACAAAACGUUUUACUUCAUUUGACUUUGCAAAAUGGAGUUGACCUCUUCGCAUCUAUAAAGCAGCUUCAAGAAAAAGCUGAAUGUUUGCAGCAAAAAGGACAAGAAUUUUUCCUCGCUACAUCUGGCAGUGAUCUGCAGCUUGGUUUUAAAAAUUCCUGCCGUGAAAAAUUAAUGAAAUUAUUAUUGUCAUGCCGUUCUGUUAUCUGUUACGGUACAUCUGCUAUACAGAAAGCAGGUGUUGUUGAAAUGGCCCAAGAUAACGGAAAAAAUGUUGUAUUAGCCAUUGGAGACGGAGCAAACGACGUUCCAAUGAUUCAAAGAGCAGAUGUUGGGAUCGGAAUUUGUGGCCAAGAAGGGCUGGAAGCCGCAUCUAUGAGUGACUACAGUAUAGGGCAAUUUCGAUUUCUCGAGAGAUUACUAUUUAUUCAUGGAGCUUGGAGUUUUCAACGUAAUACAAAGGCAAUACUGGUUUUUUUCUACAAAAAUGUUUGCUUCUUUUUGGCUGGACUGUGGAUUGCGCUUUUUUCUGCAUUUUCCGGUCUAGAAUUUUUUGACUCUCUGUCUCUGACUUUAUUCAAUUUGCUUAUCACAGUCAUCGAAGCCUUAAUGUUAGGAAUAUUUUUCAAGCCAUGUUCUGACGAAAGACUGCUUAAGCAGCCCAUGAAGUACAGAACCUUAAGAGAAGGAGCCUUCACAGGCAAUGCAUUUGUGAAAGAUAUUAUUCUUGCGUUCUUUCAUUCAGCUACAUCAAACUGUUUUUCUUUUUUGUUUAUGUCUCAUUCUGUACUGUGGAGUAACGGACGCUCAAGCGGAUGGUCAAUGUUUAGGAAUUCCUGCAACACGGUUUGGCAGCAUACACCAUUUGGAGCUGAUGUUUGUGGAAUAAGUGGUAUUAUGUCCGAGUCUCCAUGCUUUUGGCUUGCUUGUUUCAUAAUCCCUGUCGCUACGUUGUUAAUCAAACCCUUCUCAAAACUGGUUUUGUACACGAUGCACUUGUCAACUCCCAAGUUUUUGUUUCUGAAUGAGUGCAACGGUGAUCAAAGUUCUCCUAUUGAUCUCGAUGAAUUUGAUGUGCGGCAGCAUUUGGUUGAUGAUCACGCUGUUGAUAAUGGCGAAGAAGAUUCAAUUCAUAAUGAUAACAUAAUUUUUGAAAGUCUUAAAAGUUCCGCUUCUAGAAAGCUUUUACAGAAUUCGGAGAGGAAAUGUCAGAAUGAAAUGUGA